AUGACGCUGCAGAACGCAAAGAAGAAUGGAACGAAGCGGGGAGGCGCUACGUUGCCUAGCGAUGGACUGGAGGCGGAGUCAGCUCGAGAGCGCCACAGUUGCGACAAGCCUCUCUUGCCCUCCUCCACCCUCGCAGAGUCCCCGAGUUGUGCCUCUCCCGGUGGCACUUUAUUGUGCGGUCUGAAGAGGGUGUCUGUGUGGCUUGUCGACUGCAGGAAGACACCGGGGCAGAGUGGCCUUCAAAUGCACAAGGCAACACAGACAGGAGAGAAACCCCACAGCUGGUCUAAUGCUGAACAACACAAAACCCUCUCAGGAGACAGGCCUGGCUCCCAUAUCUGUGAUCACUGUGGGAAGAAUUUUACCACAGCAACCAAUCUGAAAAGACACUUCCUGUAUUUGUCUGGAGAGAAACCAUACAUCUGCUCUGAAUGCGGAAAGAGAUUCACGCAGGCCGGCAGUCUUAAGAUACACCAGAGAACUCAUACUGGGGAGAAACCGUACAUCUGCCCUCGUUGUGGGAAGGCUUGGAGUGAUUAUGGAAACUUAAAGAGACACAUGAGAAGGCAUACUGUUAAACAAUACACGGUGAAACCUCACCACUGCUCGGAUUGUGGGAAACAGUUCAUUGUAAAAUCAAGCCUUAAACAUCACCGGCUAGUGUUUCACACAGACCACCCUCAUCGCUGUGGUCAAUGUAAGAAGAGCUUCAUAACUGCAGAAAGACUGGAAUCACACAUUAAGACACAACACCCGCCAAGGGAUCCUCUGAAGAACCCACACGUGUGCUUUGAAUGUGGAAAGGGCUUCCAUCAGGCCGGCUGUCUUAAGAGACACCUGAGGACUCAUACGGGGGAGAAACCAUUUGUUUGCCCUCGUUGUGGGAGGGCUUGGAGUGAUUCUGGAAACUUAAAAAGACACAUGAGAAAAACUCACCCAGGAGAGGAGAUGGUUGUUAAGAGGGUUGACACUCAGAGGAGUGACCCUACAGAGAGUAGGGAGGAAAUGAAUGUGGAUUCAAUUAAAUCUGAGGAGCAGGGAACGUCUCGGUCACUCCAGCUGAAAGAGGACAUCAGAAGGAUACUGGUGGAUGCCAGAGGUGCACCAAUGAGUCCCAACCAAUCCGAUGAUUAUUCUGAAGACGGUGACGAGGGAGUGACUUGGUUGCCUAGCAACAGACUGGAGGCGAAAUCUGAUCUAGAGAGGCACACGCCAGAGCAGAGGGAGAGUGAUGUGACUACUUCCCAGUCAGAAAGUGUUUUUCUCAAACCACACUUGUGCACUAAAUGCGGUAAGGGAUUCAAAAAAGCCGGCUGUCUUAAGAGACACCUGAGGACUCAUACGGGGGAGAAACCAUUUGUUUGCUCUUGUUGUGGGAAGGCUUGGAGUGAUUCUGGAAACUUAAAAAGACACAUGAGAAAAACUCACCCAGGAGAGGAGAUGGUUGUUAAGAGGGUCGACACUCAGAGGAGUGACCCUACAGGAAGUAGGGAGGAAAUUAAUGUGGAUUCAAUUAAAUCUGAGGAGCAGGGAACGUCUCGGUCACUCCAGCUGAAAGAGGAGGAUGCUUGCGGUGUGCCCGUGAGUCCCAGCCAGGCUCAUGCUGAUGAUGUAGACUGCAAUGUUGAGGACAGGGAUUGGUUGCCUAGCAUCUGACUGAAGGUGGAGCCCAUGAGUUCCGGCCAAUCCGAUGAUGACACUGCAGACCGCAAAGAAGAAUGGAAUGAAGCGGAAGGCGCCCUUCGUUGUGGGAAGGCUUGGAGUUAUUAAAGAGACCCAUGAAAAGAGCUCAACCACCACCCAAUCAGCAUGUCCCUUAUCCCUACCCACCACCCAAUCAGCAUGUCCCUUAUCCCUACCCACCACCCAAUCAGCAUGUCCCUUAUCCCUACCCACCACCCAAUCAGCAUGUCCCUUAUCCCUACCCACCACCCAAUCAGCAUGUCCCUUAUCCCUACCCACCACCCAAUCAGCAUGUCCCUUAUCCCUACCCACAUCAGACACCAUGGUAACCUGGUUUACACCUGUCCAAUCCCUUAUAGAUGUGUUGACUACUGUGCGAUGUGUUUUAAAGGGGGGUUAUUUGAUGUUGUAGUUGUUUUUGAUGGAGACAGGUUAGAAGUAGAGGGGGAGACAGAUGAGGAGGGAAGACAGUGAAGAGUAGAUGCAGGAAUUGAACCCUGGUCACCAUUGGGAGGCUGAGGCAUACAUAGAGCAUCCAGCUGUGCUACCACAAGACUACAGGCUAUAUGUACUAGAGCUGGGACAUUAAACCAGUUGUAAUUGUUUUUAAUGGAGACAGGUUAGAAGUAGAGACGGAGACAGAUGAGGAGGGAAGACAGCGAAAAGUAGAUGCAGGGAUUGAACCCUGGUCUCCAGUGGGGAGGCUGAGGCAUACAUAGAGCAUCCAGCUGUGCUACCACAAGACUACAGGCUAUGUACAGAAGGAAGCAUUUCUAAAAGUAUUGGAACACUGCCCUAGACUCAGCCUGUCCCAAAUAACACCUUAUGCUCUACAUAGUGCACUACUUUUGACCCCUGCCCAUCGGGGUGCCAUUUUGAAUUCAGGAUGUCCCAAAUCCCAACUUACCACAUGCCCUUGCUUGGCCCUCACUAGUGCUGUGGCAGUCAGCAGGUGAUUGGCAAGCAAAUAACUGCCAAGUAAAUAACUGCCAAGCAAAUAACUGCCAAGCAAAUAACUGCCAAGUAAAUAACUGCCAAGCAAAUAACUGCCAAGCAAAUAACUGCCAAGCAAAUAACUGCCGGUCUCAUGGCAAUUGAAUGUUUAAUUGUCAUAAACAUGUUUAGCCUACAAGCCACUGAUGCAGACCUUUGGGCUCCCGAGUGGCGCAGCGGUCUAAGGCACAGCAUCUCAGUGCUAUAGGCGUCACUACAGACCGUGGUUCGAUUCCAGGC